CUACAGAGAGAAUUUAGGAAAUUCAAUUCCAAACAACGCUUAUCGCCAUAAGUUUUUAUAAAACUAAAAAUACACAACAAAAAAACAUUGCUAAACUUGUGCAAUUGUUGAAGCUAGGCUCUCUAUUGUUCCAGAGAAAAGAAUGGAGAGAUUGAUAUUCAUUUUGACCACAUGUUUUAUGUUGGCAAAUUGUGCACGAAUCCCUGAUGUUGAUCCACUAUCGUAUGCAGCAUCACCGGAACCAAGCUCACCGGACGUACCAAAAACAGCAGGCUCACCAAGCGCAGAUGGUUGUAACGAUGUGAUAUUCGAAAUUGCUGAUUGCAUUCCCUUUUUAAGCGAUGGGAACACGAACACAAAGCCGGAAGGUUCGUGUUGUCCCGGAUUGGAGAUGGUGCUAAAAGCUAGUGAUGGCUGCAUAUGUGAAGCCAUAGAAAGUAGUGCUGAUUUGGGUGUUCAUAUAAAUAUGACAAAGGCUAUGACAUUGCCUUCUGCUUGUGGAAUCUCUGCACCUUCUUUUCUUAGUGAAUGUAACAUCCCAUUGCCUCCUGGUGCAAGUGCUCAGGUACCCCACACACAUGCUCCAAAAUCAUCACCAAAGAGUCAAUCUCCAAAACCAAGCCAGGCACCAAGAAGUUCCGUUAAUGUAGUUCCAUCACCGGUCACUGCUCCACACGCCGGAACUUACUCAGUAUCUGCAUCUCUAGUGCUUACUCUUAGCAUGCUUUCUGCAUCAUUCUACUGUAUUUCAUUUUAACUAAGCCGAAGUUUCAUUGCUUGUUUUUAUCAUCCUACGCAAUAUUAGUCAUGCUUGUAGUUUAGCUUGACUAGACUAUGCUUGUUAUAUAGGGUUUUUAUUUCUAUUUAGUUUUGAUUUCUAAUUA